AGAAACAAGUGUGGUGGAAUCGUUCGUUUUAAACCCAAUAUAACGUCGUCGUAACUAUCUGAGUUACGAAUAUGCGAUUGCGCUAACACCGAGGCUUUCGCCAAGAACGCACACACAAGGCGCGGUGUGCGCUAUGAUUCCUAGCACUGCGCGGAAGGCCGUCAACGGCGCCGGAGACGUCGAGAUGGACGGAGAAGAGUCUAAGAAGAACUUCGGCCCUGUGCCGCUUUUGACAAUGCUCGCCGAAGUGGCCUCGGCGGAGCUGGAAAGCGACGCUGUGCUGGGAAAAGACUCGGCUCCUAAGGCGCGCAAGUCGGCGCAGCAAGCGGACGCGCUGGUGUUGGACCAAAUCCGCAUCCUCUCGGACCGAGUGCUCCUGGAGAGUUUCUCAGAGUUUACGAGCAACGAGAUGCGGCGCACCUUCAGCUAUCGCUGCUACCUCAUGCCCAGCGCGUGUGCUGAGACCUUCUCCAGUUUCGGCAAUGAGCACAAGGCCCGCAGCCAGAUGAAGUCGCACCUCCUGUCUCACAUCGCUGAGCUCCUGGCCGAAGCUAACGCACCUGGACGACAGGGCAAGCCGCCGUUCAUGGCGGAACCCCUGCAGGCCCGAAAGCGGCGUCUCCAAGAAAGCGAGGGAACCGGCCGGAAGCGUAAAAGGCCCCAGCCCAAGCAGCUUCCGGCAGUGAGCAAAAAAGAGCGGCGAACAAACGGCACCGUGACGGCCCCGCACACUCCUCCUCCCCCCAAAACAGUCAUCAAGAAAAGUCAGGCCCGAGUGAAAAGCCAAGCCAAGUCGUCCCUGGCGAAGCCGGAAGGCAAAAAUGGUCGGCCCAUGCUCAAGGUAGCGGUGAAGUCCUUGACGACGCCCAGCAAUAAGGUCAAGGCCCCGUCCGUGGCCAACAAGCUCCACAGUGCACCACGGGUCAAGGAGGACAAGCCACCGCGCAUCCUCACCGAAACCUGGGAGGCACACGUGGUCAGGCGGGACCACAGCUACUGGGGGCCCGGCUGCCCGCUUGCAGUGGACUCCGACAGCGAGCUGGAAGAGCUGUGCGGGGACUGCGUCGAGCGGCGCCCUGUCAUCCCGAGCCAGUCCGUGAUCGCCACACCCGCCUUUCCCUACGUGUACGUGCCGCUGCUGCCCAACACGUCGUCGAUCAUCGAGAUCACCACUCCUGGGGGCGGCUACGUGAAACGGCGUACCCUGAGCCCUAUGCUCCCGUCUUCAGAUGAUGACGAUGAUGAUGAAGACGAGGAUGACGACGAGGAAGAGGAGGAGCAGCGGAGCAAACAGCCGCAGUUGCAACAUCCCGCGGCUAAGGGCCGUGCCCGACUGCCGGGCCGGAGAGGAGUUGCUGUGCAGGUCGCCGAGACCAGUCUCGAAAGGAAAGUGGCACUGAAGCACAUCAAGGCCCUGCGGAACAAGCGGCGCGACGAGCGGGGUCCCUUGGUGUGCAAGAUCUGCAAGACCAAGGUGUUUACGGCCCAGGCCACCCUCAUGUACCACUAUCGCAGCCAUGCCGGCAUCAAGCCUUUCAACUGCAAGAUCUGCGAGGCGACCUUCACGCGGCAACACAGCCUCAACUACCACAUGCUGAUUCACAACAACAAGAGCCGCUUCGAGUGCGAGGACUGUGGCCGCCACUUCCGGCACCCGAGCCACUUCAAGGAGCACUUGCGCCGGCACACGGGCGAGACCCCUUACCAGUGCACCGAUUGCAACCAAAAGUUCAAGACGCGCAACACGUACAAGAGGCACCUAAAGACCCGGCACGGGAAGAUCCUGACGGCCCAGGGAAUCCUCUCAGUCGGCGAGUCUCGGCCGACAAGUCCAGCGCCAACGUGAAACAGGCUGUUCUCGCUCCACUCCCUUUGUACAGACCACUUCCCUCCACACAACACUGAACCGACUCAAAUCCCGAUGCUUUCACAUUGGCCCUUUUUGUACAGCUGGCCUCCUUUGUAAAAUAAAGAAAUACUGUACUCUUAUGUCCAUACAAAAACAAUGAACCGACUCAAAUCCCGAUGCUUUCACAUUGGCCCUUUUUGUACAGCUGGCCUCCUUUGUAAAAUAAAGAAAUACUGUACUCUUAUGUCCAUACAAAAACAA